CCCCGGCCCCGCCCCCGGCCCCGCCGCGCAGGCAGGCGGGCAGCGCCGAGGCGAGGCUGGUGCGCAGGAGUCACUCACCUUAACCUUCCUUGAGCUCCCGACCCACUCGAGUCUACUUAAGUGAACAGUAUGCUCUGGAGUGAAAAUAGCCACAGGAAUGGUGCCAGGUCACUAGUUUCACAAUUUGGAGCAUGUUUUUGGCCCAGAGGAGACUCUGCUCUCUUGAGAGUAGAGCAAAAUUCCUGAAGACAAUUUAUUCUUCAAAAAUCCUUGGACUCCCUACUUCUGCUAAGAUGUCUUUGAAAAUUACCAAUGCAAAACGAAUUGAAGGCCUUGAUAGUAACGUGUGGAUUGAAUUUACAAAGUUGGCUGCCGACCCCUCUGUUGUGAAUCUUGGUCAAGGCCUCCCAGAUAUAUCCCCUCCUAUAUAUGUGAAGGAGGAGUUAUCAAAGAUUGCAGCAAUUGAUAGCCUGAACCAGUAUACACGAGGCUUUGGUCAUCCAUCACUUGUGAAAGCUUUAUCCUGCUUAUAUGAAAAAUUUUAUCAAAAUCCAAUCAAUCCAAAUAAAGAAAUCCUUGUAACAAUAGGAGCAUAUGGAUCUCUUUUUAAUGCCAUUCAAGGAUUAAUUGAUGAGGGAGACGAAGUCAUAAUAAUAGUGCCUUUCUAUGACUGCUAUGAGCCAAUGGUGAGAAUGGCUGGAGGAACACCUGUUUUUAUUCCCCUAAGAUCUAAACCUGUUGAUGGGAAAAAAUGGUCUAGUUCUGACUGGACUUUGGAUCCUCAAGAACUGGCAAGUAAAUUUAAUUCUAAAACCAAAGCCAUUAUACUGAAUACUCCACAUAACCCCAUUGGCAAGGUAUAUACCAAAGAGGAACUCCAAAUAAUUGCUGACCUUUGCAUCAAAUAUGACACACUCUGCAUCAGUGAUGAGGUUUAUGAAUGGCUUGUAUAUACUGGAAAUAAGCAUUUAAAAAUAGCUACUUUUCCAGGUAUGUGGGAGAGAACAAUAACAAUAGGAAGUGCUGGAAAGACUUUCAGUGUAACUGGUUGGAAGCUUGGCUGGUCCAUUGGUCCUAAUCACUUGAUAAAACAUUUACAGACAGUUCAACAAAACACCAUUUAUACUUGUGCGACUCCUUUACAGGAAGCCUUGGCUCAAGCUUUUUGGAUUGACAUCAAGCGCAUGGAUGACCCAGAGUGUUACUUUAAUUCUUUGCCAAAAGAGUUAGAAGUAAAAAGAGAUCGGAUGAUACAUUUAUUUGAAAGUCUUGGCCUAAAACCUAUAGUUCCUGAUGGGGGAUACUUCAUCAUUGCUGAUGUGUCUUUGCUAGAUGCAGACCUCUCUGAUAUGAAGGACAGCAAUGAACCUUAUGAUUAUAAAUUUGUGAAAUGGAUGACUAAAAAUAAGAAACUGUCAGCCAUUCCAGUUUCAGCAUUCUGUAAUGCAGAGACCAAGUUACAGUUUGAGAAGUUUGUGCGAUUUUGCUUCAUUAAAAAAGACAGUACACUGGAUGCUGCUGAAGAAAUCAUUAAGGCAUGGACUACACAGAAGUGUUAAUAAAAGUCGAGUUUCUAUUAGAUGACCUAAUAUGGAAUUGUUACUUAGUGCUGCCAUCUGCUGGAUAUUGAAAAACAAAUAUUUCAGUACAAAUGAAAAUUGAACAAUUUCAAAAUGUUAAACCCACUGGGGUUUUUUCAUUUUGUUGUUUUUUCAGUUAAAAUGGUUGAAAACACCUUCCACUACCAUUUUACAUCAGGCAAUGUAGGAUUGUGGAUAAUAAUUAUGAGGUGCUGGUUGAUGCUUAAACCUCUCAGUGCUUCAGUUCCCUCAUCCUAAAAGGGGAAUAAAAUAUAGCACCCACUUUAUGACACCUGGCUGGCUCAGUGGGUAGAGCAUAUGCAAUUCUUGAUCUUGGAGUCAUGAAUUAGAGCCCCACGCUGGACAUGGAAUCUACUUGAAAUAAAAAAAAAAAAAAAGCACCUACUUUAGAUGAAGUUUGUGAGGAUAAAAUGGAUUGAUAUAUGUAAAGCUUCAAUAAACACUCAGCUUAUUAGCCAGUUCCAUUUCUGCACUGUUGUGUAAAAACUCUUAGCCAGUUCCACUCCCUCAACUCCAGGUCCUUGCUUUGUCUAUCCACAAGUCUAACCCUCCCCUUUGUUUACCAAUGGCUUUGAACUUUGCUCACAAUUUUGCUUCUCUUUCCCAAAUACUGCCAUCAUCCAGGGUGACUUCAAGGUACACAUGGAUUACCUAGGCUUUUGGUACUUUGACCUCACCUUUGGCAAUGUUCACCUCCACUCCUCUCUCCACUUCAGCCACCCACCUCCUUGGGUACGCCCUGAACCUUUCAUCAUUUAAGGCUGUGCCACCUAUGAGAUAAUAAAUUAGUCAUCUCAGACUGUACCCACUUAUCCCUAUAGUAUUCUCUGUGUGUGUCCCAUUUGUUCUCAAAAUAUCACUUCAUCAAACUCACUAUAAUUUCAAAUCCACUCUUUCUCAAAAAAUGGUCUAUGGCCCUCUUAGAGCAGAAUCAUAAUCAAUCUGUGAGAAGAGAUGCUGGUCUUCACCCUAGACUUGCUGAAAAUAAUUUCAAGAUCUGGUCCUUCCAAGGUAAUUGUUUUACCCACUGAAUUUUGAUAAUCACUGCUCUAGUCCUUGGAACCCUCUAUUUUAUUCCUACUAGCCCACUUAUAUUUUCCUUGCCCAGCUUAGAUUGCAUCAUCUAUCACUUCAGCCAAGAUACUUUUGCUGCCUUGAAUAACUUGCCCAUUGUUCUAUCUCACCCAACUGGUCAAGAAAAACCCAAAACUCCACCCUGGAAUUGAAACUCCAUGCUUGCACGGGGCUGCUGAACACUGCUGUCACAAAAUGCACAAUUGUGCAGCUACCAACAACCAUGAAUGCACAUUAUUGACCUUAACUAGAUUUAAUCCUUCCGUGAUACCAUAAUGAGAUUUCUCUACAUUUUACCACAGCAGGAAUUCCUAAUACUCUCCUUUUCUCCACCAUAAAAAUAUCCAACCUCCCUUCUCUUUACACCUUAAAGCCCACCACUACCAGCACAAUUAAAUCAUAGCUAAUGACCUCAUCUCCCACUUCUGUGAAAAACAAAAUGUAAAAACAGAUAUUACCAGACAGCCCUACCAAAUGAGAACCUACCAAAACGCCUAUGACUUAGCUGCACCAGCAUUCAUCCUUAAUUCAUCUCAUCCACGGGGAUUCGGGCAGAAUGUGGAGGAUUGGUAGGAAGGCAGAACCAGGACCUCAAGAGCUAACUACUGCGUAGCAGUAUAAAUCCCAUAUAUAAUUUUUAGCCUGUCCACUCUUGCUGGGGAUUUGAUACAGUUUUUAUCAGGGUUUAAGUCUGCUCUUCACAGUCAUGGACUUGUCCGGUGCUAAUCCUCCCACCAUUUCUCACAAUCUCAUUUGGUUCAGUCUGUUCCCUUGUAUCUUCAGCCUCUACUGGCUCCCUUCCUCAGCAGUGAGACACGUCCAAAUUUUUCUAAUAUUAGAAAAUCCUUGGUGUGUCUGGGUGGCCUAGUAGGUUAAGCAUCUACCUUCAGCUGAGGUCAUGAUCCCAGAGUCCUGGGAUCGAGCCCCUACACUGGGCUCCUUGCUCACUGGGGAGCCUGCUUCUUCCUCUCCCUCUGCCUGCUACUACCCUUGCUUGUGCCCUCUCUGUCAAAUAAAUUAAUAAUAUAAAAAAAUUUUUAAAAAUCCUUUCCCUAAUGCUAUCUACUACUCUAUUAUCUCUUCCUCUUCAGGGCAAAAUUUCUUCCUUCUUUCCUCCUUCCUCCCUCCCCUCUUCCUUCCUUUAACAAAUAUUCAUUGAACUCCUACAAUGUACCAGACACUAGUGUAUGCACUUAGGAUAUAUCAGUGAACACAAAGAUCCCUGCCUUCCAGGGCUUUCCUUCUGACCAGGGGAGGGAGACUAAAUCAUAAACAUAAUGAAAUAUAUUGAAUGUUUUUUUUAGUUUGUUAAAAUUUUAAUUUUAACUCCAGUAUAGUUAACAUACAAUGUUAUUAGUUUCAGGUGUACAAUAUAGCAAUUCAACAGUUUUAUACAUUACUCAUUACUCAAAUGUAAUGUAUACAUUUAUACAUUACUUAUACAUUACUCAUUUUAUACAUCCACAUCAGGAUGAGUACUCUUAAUCCCCUUUACCUAUUUCACCCAUCCUCCACCCAUCUCUCUGGUAACCAUCCAUUUGUUCUCUAUUGUUAAGAGUGUUUCUUGGUUUGUUUCUCUUUUUUCCCUGUCUUGUUUCCUAAAUUCCACAUAUGAGUAAAAUCAUAUGAUAUUUGUCUUUUUCUGACUUAUUUCACUCAGCAUUGUACUCUCUUGCUCAUCCAUGUCAUUGCAGAUGGCAAGAUUUCAUUAUUUUUUAUAGCUGAGUAAUAUUCUAUCUUCUUUAUUCAAUCAUCUAUAAUGGAUACUUAGGCUGCUUCCCUAGUUUGGCUAUUAUAAAUAAUGCUGCUGUAAAUAUAUCCAAUAAACAUAUAUCCUUUCAGAUUAGUGUUUUUGUAUUCUUUGAGUAAAUACCCAGUAGUAUGAUUACUGGAGCAUAGAGUAGUUCUACUUUUAAUUUUUUGAGGAAACUCUAUACUAUUUUCCACAGUGACUGCACCAGUUUGCAUUUCCAUCAACAGUACACAAAGGUUACUUUUUCCCCACAUCUUCACCAACACUUGUGUUUUUUAUGUUAGCCAUUCUGACAGGUGAUAUCUCAUUGUGGUUUUGAUUUGCAUUUCCCUGAUGAUAAGUGCUAUUGAGCAUCUUUUCAUGUGUCUGUUGGCCAUCUGAAUGUCUUCUUUGGAGAAAUGUCUGUUCAUGUCUUUUGCUUAUUUUUAUUUUUUGGGUGUUGAGUUGUAGCAGUUCUUUAUAUAUUUUGGUUGCUAACCUUUUGUCAGAUAUGUCAUUUGCAAAUAUCUUCUCCCAUUUAGUAGGAUGACUUUUAGUUUGGUGAUUGUUUCCUUCGCUGUGCAAAAGCCUUUUCUUUUGACUUAGUCCCAGUACUUUAUUUUUGCUAUUUCCUUUGUCUCAGGAGACCUAUCUAGAAAAAUGUUGCUAUGGGCCAUAUCCAAGAAAUUACUGCCUGUGCUCUCUUCUAGAGUUUUUAUGGUUUCAGGUCUCAUAUUUAGGACUUUAAUCCAUUUUGAGCUUAUUUUUAUGUAUAGUGUAAGAAAGUGGUCCAGUUUCAUUCUUUUGCAUAUCAGUUUUCCCAACACCAUUUGUUAAAUAGACGUUCUUUUUCCCAUUGCGUAUUCUUGCCUCUGUUGUUGAAUAUUAAUUGACCAUAAUAUCAUGGAUUUGUUUCUGGGCUUUCUAUCCUGUUCCAUAAAUCUGUGUGUCUGUCUUUAUCCCAGGACCAUAUUGUUUUGAUUAUUACAGAUCUGUAGUAUAACUUGAAAUAUGAAAUUAUGAUACUUGCAAUUCUGUUUUCCUUUUUCAAGAUUAUUUUGGCUAUUUGGAGUCUUUUGUAGUUCCAUACAAAUUUUAGGAUUAUUUAUUCUAGUAUUGUGAAAAAUGUUCUUGGGGCUUUGGUAGGGAUUGCGUUAAAUCUAUAUAUUCCUUUAGGCAGUAUGGACAUUUUAAUGAUAUUUGUUCUUCCAAUUCAUGAGCAUGGGUAUCUUUCCAUUUGUGUUGACUUCAAUUUCUUUCAUCAGUGUUUUGUAGUUUUCAGAGUACAGGUCUUUCUCCUCAUUGUUUGAUUUUAUUCCUAGAUUUUUUUAUCCUUUUUGAUUCAAUUGCAAAUGGGGUUGCUUUCCUAAUUUCUCUUCCUGUUGCUUCAUUAGUAAUGUAUAGAAAUGCAACAGAUUUCUGUAUGUUGAUUUUGUGUCCUGCAAUCUUACCAAAUGCUAAACUUAUACAUGGAAAUUGUAUGAAGAAAAGAAGUAGAGCAGGACAGAGGAAAAUGAAAGUGUUAGGGAAUUGGAAUUGCAAUUUGGAAUGUUAAGCACUUGGUCAGGUAGGUCUCAAGGAGAGGACAUGGAGACAGACUUAGAAGAGAGGAGGGAGGGAGCCUCAUGGAGAACUUGGGGAGGAACAUUCUAGCCAGAAGGAAUAGCAAUGUAAAGACUCUGUGACACGAAGGUGUACUCAGCAUGUUUGAUGAGUACCAAGAGUCUGUUGUGGCUGGAUGUAAUAAUCAAGGUACAAACUAGCAAGCAUGAGGUCAGAGAAGUAACACAGUAUAAGGAUAGUGCUAGGAUAACAGUUUUUUUUAAGAUUUUAUUUAUUUAUUCAUAAGAGACACAGAGAGAAGGCAGAGACAUAGGCAGGGGGAGAAGUAGGCUCAUCCCAGGAGGAGUAUAUAUAUACUCACACACACACACACACACACACACGCACUGGCUCUAUUUUUCCGGAGAAUUCUGACUGAUACAGAUGGAUCAGUAAAAAUAAGAUAAGUUGUCUAUAAAUUCCCAAAGUUUAGUGAGAAGUCAUUCAGUGACAUCAUGCCAUAUGAUAGUAAGAGAAAUGGACUUUGUAGAGUAAGCAGUGAUGAAUUUAAGCACAUUUUUAUGGAAGAAAGGGAGUAUGGAAAAAAGUAUGGGUUGGUUAACCGAAGGCCAGCUACAUAUCCUCCUCCUCUGACCACUUGUACAUGGAGGCUAAAAAGCCAAACUUCCAAUUUCUCAGCUUCCCUUACAACUAAUCAAAAGUGCCUGAAAAGAGCUUCCCUUCAUGGAAAAACAUAAAAGGCAAAGUCAUCCUGAGACUUUUUGUCUUCUUUGUCCUCUUCACCCUUCUACCUUCUUCCUGCCUGGAAUGUCAAAGUAAAGUCUGGAGGCACUGCAGCCAUUCAUGCAGCAACUGGCAUGAGAGUGAAGGACCACAUGAUAAGGAUAGAAGAGCAGAAAGAUAGGAAGAGACUGGGACCCUGGACUCAAUUUGGAGCCACUGUACCUACUCCCAGACUUUGUACUGAAUGAAACAAAAUAAACCUCUAAGCCACUAUAUUAAGGUUUUCUAUUAUUUACAGAUGAAUGUAUUACUACUUGAUGUAGAGAAUAUAGCACAAAAAUCACAUUUUUCUUCUGGAAGAUAAACUGAUGAAAAUUCCUUUAGUCAGAAAGAGAUACUGAUCAGAAAGCUCUUGCUCCUGCAGGAAAAGAUGGUGAGAGCCUGAAGAAUCCUUCAGUACCAGAGAAAGGCAAAUAAUCACAAAUCUUUGUCAAAUUUGUGAAUUUUCCCCAUCAUUCUUAUGAUGAAAACAAUUAUAUACUACAUAAUUACCAAAUAUUUAAAUCAAAAAUUAUUCCCAAAUAAAGCAAGAGUCUCCCUGGUCUCAGUUGGAUAAACCCAAGGGUGAAACAAAACAAAACAAAAACCUCAACUAUGUUCUUGAGACAUGAGAAUUGGAUUUUAUUGCUGCUCUGAGAAUGCAUCUAAUUACUCAAUCAUGCCAAUUAAAUAGGAAGUUCACCUGCUGACAAACAGCUAUCCUGGGAUAUAACAGAAUAAAUUGUAGAAAUAAUUGAAUUUUCUAAUCAAUAUUAACUUCAUCAUAUUACACAGCUGCUACUUUCCUUUACAUUAUUUGGAUACAGCAUUUUUCCCUAUAAUAUGUAAAACUUCAUUUGUAGCAAAAUCUCAGGGUUAAAAAGAUGAAUAAUAACUUUUUCCCCUUGUCAACGAGAGUGGUUAUACUGUCUGAAGCAUUAUUUUCACUCUUAUCCUUCUCAUUAGUUACAUUAAAAGUAUAAACACCAUAUUUUAAGCUGAAACUAUACAGCUGUAUCUUGUAACACCACAACUCAAUUUUGUGUGUGGGUUUCUGAGAUAACUUAUUAUAACAUCACUUUUAUAAUUAUUCUUGGAGCAUUCCGCCCCAGUGAGGGGCUCAAACUCCUAACCCCAAGAUCAAGAGUCAUAUGCUCUACCAACUGAGCCAGCCAGGCACCUCCAGAUUAGGUCCAUUGCACCAGAAGUCCCUUCUGCCUGGAAUAUUUUCCCCUGAUGUCCACCUAGCUACCUCAAAUCUUUACUCAAAUGUCACUUCAGGAGAACUUAGCUGACCAUAUUUAAAAUUGUAAACCCUGCCCCUCCCAUCCCCUUUCCCUGACUUAUUUUUCUCCUUAGCACUUAGCAUCAUGGAACUUACACUGUGUUUCUCUUAUUUAAUUUAUCAUCUAUAUCCUCCCGAAAUAUACCUUCCAUGAGGCCAGGGAUUUUUUUUUUUUAUGUUCUGUUCACUGCGGUAUCUUCAGCACCUAAAGCAGAGCCUGGCAUAUGGUAGGCACUCAACAAAAAUUUGAAUUUCUGCAAAUGGAAUCUGACCUUCAGAACACAUUGGUUCUUUGUUGUUGUUUUGUCUUCAACCAUUGGCUCUCUCUUUGACUCAUGUCCUUCACUUAUGAAUGAUUUCUUGAAGUAACAAAGAUUGUUUCUAAAACUGCA